UUAAGACAGUGUUGAAACCUCUGUGUGUGGUUUCAUUGAACAAAAACAAAAAACAAAAAACACAACACACAGAGAGAUGAGGGCUUUGAAGCAGUUUGAGACUAUUGAGACCAUCUACGAGGAAGAACACUCUUUCUCUUCUCCUUCACCCUCCUCCUCCUCUUCUCCUCCUUCAUCACUCCACCCCAUAGUCAAUGCUUGGUCUCUCCACUACACCUCUGAACCCAACGUCUUGAUACUUGUUCAAGGAACCUGCUUUCGUUUGCACCAGGAUCGUAUGAUAUCACAAAGUUCAUACCUGAAACAGCGCCUCAUGGGAGUUUCUAACGUAACAAUCUCCCCGCCGUUAAACAUAACGGCGGAGACUUUCGCCACGGUAGCUGAUUUCUGUUACACCCACAAAAUCCACUUAACGCCGAGCAACAUUGCUGCGAUAAAAGUGGCGGCGGAGUUGCUGGGUAUGACUGAAGGAGAGAAUCUAUGCGAGGUGACAGAAUCAUACUUUGAGAGAGUUAUUGGCGUUGAUGCAUCGUUGGUUAUUCGUUCGUGCGUGACUAUGCUUCCCGAAGCCGAAACGACAGCGUCGCUUGUCAGCAGGUGCAUUGAAGCGAUGAUCUGGAACGGCGACGUUUCGUUUUUGGACGAUGUCAUUGAGAUGCCCUCUCAAGAUUUUCAAAUGGUUGCCUCUUACUUGAACAAACGGUUGCCCAACCACGACGCUCUAUACAAGAUUAUUGAUUUUUAUCUUAAGGAAAUCAAGUGUGACAAAUUAAGAGAAGAACAACAAAUAGAUAUAUGCAACAAUCUAGAUUGUUCUAAGCUCUCACAUCACAUCCUAGUUGAAUGUAUCCAAAAUCCGCGAAUGUCACUCAAAUUCAUAAUGGGAGCGAUACUCAUGGAGCAUCUCAAAACUCGUGAUUCCCUCGUUGCAGCAACUACCACUAUUACCCAUAAAACAGAACGAACAUCAUUGAGGCAAAUUCUUCAACAAGACACUACUCCUUACCACACAACAAAUAUAGAAGAGGUCAUGGAUUCCACCUACUAUCGUAUUCAGAGCCUUGAGAAAGAACUAAUUGAUAUGAAGAACCAUCUUCAACAUCAUCAUGACUUCAUGAAUGGGAAUAAAAAUAAUAAUGUGUUGAACCAAGAACGUUCGAUGAGUUUUCAUUUUGAACCACCAGAGGAUAGUAAAAUACAAAGGGGAGGAAGAGGGUCCAUUUCGUCCUCAAGUUUUAUGCUUGAUAACAGAAUAACGAAGAAACAUAACAAGUUGGAGAUGUUUGUUGCAAACAAAACCUCAUUAGAGAUUACUAGGUUUUUCCCCUACAAAUUCAUAAAUAGUCUCAAAAAUGCAUUUGGAUGUCGAAUUCAACGACAAACUAAAAGGAGUUAGAAAUUGGAGAAAUUAGUCUACUCAUUAGUGUGGAGAUCAUCAAUAACUAUGACAUGGAGUAUAAAACUAUGUAUG